ACUUGUCUGCAGUAUACAGAGAGGAAAAUGGCGCGUUAUACAAACAGAUGAUACUUUCAAAGCUACUUUCUGAUUUUUUCUUGGCAAAACUUUAUGGAAAAUAAUACGUAUGGAUAGGAAACUGUGGAUUUGUUUGAUAUAUAAGCAAAAAUGAGGAGAUCGGCAGCCCCUAGUCAAGGAUCACAAGCCAAAAGACCCAGAUUCAAUGUUCCUUUUAAAAGUCCAUGUCAAAAUACGGGCGGGGAAGUGACAGAAUUACCAAACCCUCCAUUAAGCAGGGAAAUAGUUUUGACUCCAAAAUUCACAACAAACAACAUAACUAAUAUACCAGUAACAGUGAAUGAAGCGAAGAACAAAACUGAGAAGAUUUUAGCUGGAUUGAGCUCAAAGAGUGUCCCUGUUCCUUCAGCAGGACCAGCUGAGAAUGGUGCCAAACAAGGAUAUUUUGCUGUCAUGUGGUGUAAACUAUCAAAGAAAAAGCAUAAAAAAUGGGAAGGUGAUGCUGUUUUGGUAACCCAAGGAAGAAAUGCUACAUUAUACGACAUUGAAGGCAAAGUAAUAGGUAAAGGAACAGGAUAUAAAUGUACAGAGCUGGAGGUAUUGAAGGAGGAUGAAAGCUUAACAAUAGGAGGCAAAGAGAUCCAGGUGAUGUCCCUCAUGACUGAAGACCACUUCAAAUCUGGAAAAUGCUUUUCCUCUUUAGCAGAAAGUACAAAAAUACUAACAGUGCCAGAAAGGACACCAAAUGUAAAUCUUUCAUUUUGAAAAUAUUUUUUUCUAUUGCCAGUUGCAGACAAAACUUUUGUCAACCCAUUGAAAGGAGAAAGAGCAUGUACAGCUCCUUCGUACUGCACCACACCACGGCAUGACCCGUCAUCACCGAAUGCCCUUGUGAUGCCUCAACCUAGUGCUGCUCAUCAGUGGCAGUACAAUAAGAAGAACCUCCCUGUUGUUGAUGUGGUGGUGGAUCCCUAUCUAUCUGUUCACUUAAGGCCCCACCAGAGGGAGGGGGUCACAUUUCUGUACGAGUGUGUGAUGGGAUUCAGAAACCUUUCAGGGAGGGGAGCCAUCUUGGCAGAUGAUAUGGGACUUGGAAAAACUCUACAAUGCAUUUCUCUUAUCUGGACUUUAUACAAACAAGGACCAUAUGGUGGGAAACCUGUCAUUAAGAGAGCCCUUAUCAUUACACCAGGCAGUCUAGUCAAAAAUUGGUUUUUGGAGAUAAAAAAGUGGUUGGGCACAGAAAGGUUGAAGGCUUUUGCUGUUAGUUCAGAUAAUAGAAUUGAGGAGUUUGUGAAUACAUCCAUUUAUCCCAUUGUGAUAAUCUCCUAUGAGAUGUUUGUCAGAGUGUAUGAACAGUUGCAGUCCUUGCAGUUUGAUAUCAUAAUAUGUGACGAAGGACAUAGGUUGAAGAAUAAUAAUAUCAAAACUACCUCUUUAAUUGCCAGUAUGCCUACCCCAAGAAGAGUAGUGUUGACUGGAACCCCGAUACAAAAUGACCUGCAGGAAUUCUUUUCAAUUGUGGAAUUCUGCAAUCCUGGAUUACUUGGAUCUUCUGGAUCAUUCAAAAGAGUGUUUGAAAAUCCUAUCGUUGCCUCCCGUCAACCAAGUGCUUCGCCUGAAGAUAUUGAAUUGGGAGCAGAGAGAGGGAGUGAACUCAGUCGUAUUACGAAACUAUUUGUUCUUCGGCGAUCUCAAGAAAUCAAUAUCAAAUACCUGCCUCCUAAAUGUGAAGUAGUUCUCUUCUGUAAGCCUUCUGCCUUACAGCUGAGCUUGUAUAGCCAGAUGCUGCAGGGGAAGCUGUUUCGAUCCUGUCUCAGAAGUGACGGUGCCACACAUCUAGUCUGCAUAGGGGCCUUGAAGAAGCUCUGUAACCAUCCUAGUUUGAUCUUCACUAAGGCAUCUCAAGCUGAAGAAUGCCCUGAUGACAUAGAAGAGGGUUCAGUGUACAGUGGUCUGUCUUCCCUCUUUCCAUCAGACUACCAAGAAAAGAUCUACUCUGCUGAGCAUGCUGGGAAAUUAAAAGUUUUAUCUGAAAUUCUAAUACAAAUACACAAAGACUGUGAAAAGAUAGUUAUAGUCUCAAAUCACACAAAGACUUUAGAUAUUCUCCAACAGUUUUGUUCCAAUUGUGGUUAUGGUUAUUUAAGAUUAGAUGGACAAACUUCCACAAAUAUUCGUCAAGAAAUUGUCACAAAGUUUAACAGCAAGCAUUGUUUGGAAAAAGUAUUCUUACUGAGCUCAAAAGCCGGGGGAGUUGGCUUGAAUCUCAUUGGAGCAUCUCGACUCUUACUGUAUGACAUUGAUUGGAAUCCUGCCAAUGAUUUACAAGCCAUGGCUAGAGUAUGGAGGGAUGGACAAAAGAGAAAAAUCUAUAUUUACAGACUUCUUACAACAGGAACAAUUGAAGAGAAAAUUUAUCAACGCCAAAUCAGUAAACAAGGACUGAGUGGUGCUGUCAUGGAUCUCAAAAACAAGCGGGAAGCUCAGUUUUCUCGUGAAGAACUAAGAGAUUUAUUUUCUCUAAAUGAGAACACAAUUUGUGAUACUCAUGACCUCAUCAAAUGUCAAUGUGAUGGGCGAGACGACACAGGUACUUCAGAAGCUAAUCCCUUACAACAGACUGCAAGGUCUUGUCAGUUAGGGUCUGCAUCCAUCAUUCAGAAAACCAAAACUCUUGGCAUGGAAGAACUAUUGGACUGGAAGCAUAUUUCUGGAAACAAAUUUGAGGAAAAAGAGGACUGGUUACUUGGCAAUGCCUGCUCUUGCAUUACAUUUGGAUUCUGGCAGGAAACUAACAAUGAAAAGAAAGCACCCAUGGAAAAUUUAACUUUUGAUUAAAAAGAUAAAGAUACUGUGAAAAGAAAUGUGGAGUGA